AUGGCUGUCUGUUUUUUGGCUCUCAAUAUACGGUUCAGAAACCACAGAUACAUCAAAAUGUCAAGUCCAAACAUGAACAACCUGAUAAUAGUCGGAUGCAUCCUGUGCUACAUGUCCAUCCUCUUGCUGGGUACAGACCCUGACCACAACGACAGACUUCUUUUUAGCUAUUGGUGCACGGCCAGAUCAUGGACUCUGGCACUAGGAUUCACUUUAGCUUUUGGUGCUAUGUUUGGCAAGACAUGGCGUGUUCAUGCAAUCUUUACCAACAUCAAGCUAAACAAGAAGGUUAUUAAAGAUUACAAGCUCUUGAUGAUAGUUCUAGUCCUGGUGCUAAUUGACGUCAUUAUUCUGGUCACGUGGCAAAUCGUUGAUCCCUACGAUAUGUCCGUCAAGAAACUUUCUACAGAGGUGUACGAGGACAUUGAGGUCAUCCCCAAGAUUAUCUACUGCUACAGCAGCCACAUGGAAAUCUGGCUGGGUACCUUGUACAUUUACAAAGGUCUUCUACUG